AAACAAUACCCGUAGUGUAUAGAAACGAAAUAACUCAAAAAUAGUAGGUCGUCCAAAAGAAAACCUCCGAUAAACGAAUCAAGAUCAAACAACCACUUUCCCCUUUUCAUACUUGAAAUCACACGCAUCAAACUAACUAACAAUAAUUAGACACAUCAUACAGUAGAUGGGUUGCUCCUCCUCCCUUCCAGAUAGGAGUGCGGGUCGGGUAGGCGGACUUAAUCCGGUUAACGGAGACUCGGAUGCCAAAAAUCUGCGUGUUAAGCUGGUGCUAUUAGGGGACUCUGGUGUUGGAAAAACCUGCAUUGUUCUUCGCUUUGUUCGUGGUCAAUUUGAUCCAACAUCCAAGGUGACUGUUGGAGCUUCAUUCUUGUCACAAACAAUAGCUCUGCAGGACUCGACAACAGUUAAAUUUGAAAUUUGGGAUACUGCUGGACAGGAGAGAUAUGCAGCCCUAGCCCCACUUUAUUACCGAGGUGCGGCUGUUGCAGUUAUCGCAUAUGAUAUAACGAAUCCCGACUCGUUCCAUAAAGCUCAACAUUGGGUCAAGGAGCUACAAAAGCACGGUAGCCCUGAUAUUGUCCUGGCUUUAGUUGGUAACAAGGCUGAUCUUCAAGAAAAACGCGAGGUGUCGGUUCAAGAUGGAAUCGACUAUGCAGAAAAGAACGGGAUGUUCUUCAUCGAAACUUCUGCCAAGACGGCUGAUAACAUCAAUCAGCUAUUUGAGGAAAUUGCAAAAAGAUUACCGCGACCUUCUCCGUCAUGAUAAAUUAAAAACAUCAAAUGAACGUUGUUUUCGCAGGUUGUGGUGUAACAAGAGGUGGUUGAUGUAUAUUUGUGAGAUGAUGUUUGGUUUUUACACUGUAUAUUUGUUGAUUGUGAUGCGUUUGCCUGACGAGAACUGUUUUCAGAACUCGUACGCUUGUUUCACCCCUCUGAGCUCACUUAACGUGUAAAAUGAAAACCCGCCAUUUAUCUUUAUUCGACAUGGAUUCUUUAUUCUCAUAAUAAUCAAGGUCAUGAUUGUGAUCGUUUUAAA